AUGAAAUUAGCAAUUGCAAGGGAAGGUGGCAGUGCUUUAACUAUCAAACCAUACUUGGUCAAGUUCACUCUAGCGCGUCGUACAGCGACCGAUAAUAAUACAAAGAGCCUCAAACACCCCCUAAACCUCCCAUACAUCCUCGUCGAGAAGAACAGAAAAACCAAAAACGCCACUCAGAAACAACAGCAAAACAAGUGGAGCAUCAUGGAGAGACGGGUUCUGUGGUCGCCAAAGGCUAGAUUUCCCUCAGAGCUUAAACAGUUUCAGGCUUAUGUGGAGAAGAGGCAUGCCUUGGAGCACUUUUUGACGUAUGAAGAGUUCUGGCAAUGGAGUGUCGACAACUUGGAUGCAUUCUGGAAGGCCGUGUGGGAUUACUGCGAAGUGACUCACUCGGCAUCUCCAUCUGAAGUUUUGCAGACUGGUGUGAUGAUGGAUGAGAUACCAGAGUGGUUUAAGGGCGCACGUCUAAACUAUGCCCAAAACAUGCUGAAAUAUCGGGAUAACCACAUAGCAGUCAUUUCAACAGGGGAACAGUUGACUCCACACUCGCUUACAUAUGCAGAGCUGUAUGAUCAAGUGGAGAAGGUCGCUAAAUCGUUGCGCAAGUGUGGUGUGAAGGUCGGAGAUCGUGUUGCUGCAUUCCUCCCAAACACCGAAUACGCCAUAAUAUGCAUGCUGGCUGCUUCUGCCGUCGGUGCUGUGUUUUCAGGUGCAUCGCCAGAUUUCGGUGUGCAGGGAACACUGGAUAGAUUAGGACAAAUCGAGCCAAAGGUGCUGUUUUGCACGGAUACGGUGUUUGAAGAUGGAAGACACCAGUCUCAGAUUGAUAAACUGGAGGUUAUUGUGCAGGGAUUGCCGAGUCUGGAACAUGUAGUGUUUUGCCCUUUUGAUGGUGUUAUUCCAGAAGAGUCGUUUAAAGUGCCUAAAUCAAUGAGCAUGGACGCUUUCAUACAACUAUCCGCAGAAGACAGCGCUCCAUUCUACUUUGAACAGCUACCCUUCGAUCACCCACUCGUCAUCAUGUUUACUAGUGGAAGUACCGGCAAACCGAAAUGUCUUGUACAUCGUGCUGGUGGACUACUAUUACAGCAUCGCAAGGAACAUCUGAUUCAUACGUCCAUGUCACGAAAGGAUGUUUUCUUGUAUUAUACCACAACUGGGUGGAUGAUGUGGAACUGGCAGGUUUCUGCUUUAGCUGAAGGUGCAACUCUAGUUGUAUUUUCUGGUAAACCAUUCUUGCCAACUCCAGGAGUGCUGUUUAAGGUUGUUGAAGAUCACAAAGUAACCAAAUUCGGAAUCAGUGCCAAAUACAUACAAUCAAUACGUGAUGCAAGCCUCAACCCCUCCGCUUUAUACGACCUAAGCACUCUCGACACAGUCUACUCGACAGGCUCUCCACUAUCUCCGGAAGGAUUCGAAUAUAUUUACGCUUCCAUAUCAUCAACCGUCAUGGUAGCAUCUAUAACAGGUGGCACAGACAUCUGCUCUUUAUUCGGCGCACCAAACACAGAUCUCCCCGUCAUUUGCGGUCAGGUGCAAUGUAGAGGGCUUGGAAUGAGUGUUGAUGUAUGGGAUGAAGAAGGAAACUCAGUUAUUGACUCCCCGGGAGAGCUUGUUUGUACUCGACCAAUGCCAUGUAUGCCAAUUGGAUUUCUGAAUGAUUCAGAUCACUCAAAGUACCGAGCUGCAUACUUUUAUAAUUCCAAGUUUCCUCAUGUUUGGUGUCAUGGUGAUUAUGUCCAGCUUGACUCUGUGUAUGGGGGUUUGGUUAUGUUGGGUCGAAGUGACGGCACAUUGAAUCCUAAAGGAAUUCGAUUUGGAAGUGCUGACUUAUACAGAAUUGUCGAAGACUUCCCAGAAGUAUCUGACUCGCUUGCCGUUGGAUAUAAGAGUCCUAAGAGUGAAGACGAGAUUGUCGUACUCUUCUUAAAAAUGGAAGCUGCCUUCACAUUCUCUCCGGAAUUCGGAAACCUGAUCAAGCUACGGAUUAGAGAACAACUGUCUCCAGCACAUGUCCCAGCCAUCGUAAUGCCAAUCGACGACAUUCCAUACACAUUAAGUGGCAAAAAGACAGAAGUCGUAGUGAAACGGCUCUUGGCUGGAGUACCACCAGCAUCAGCCUCUGCCCUCCGAAAUCCAGAAGCCAUAAAAUUCUUUUCCGACUUGCAACUCGAUAAAGUCAUUUCAUCAGCACCAAUGGUACCAGCAGACGAUGAAAUCGCGAUGGAGAUAUCUAAAAUGGCAUCAACAGUCAUCAAUCAACCAAACUUGGUUGGUGGUGAUUUCUGCUUUGUUGAUGCUGGAUUUGACUCGUUGACAAUUCUACGCGUCAAGAUGUAUUUAGGUGAACGGUACCGAUACCUUAUUGAUGCUCAUGCUUUGCUGUUACCGGGCACAACACCAACGAGUGUCGCUAAAGAUAUAAGGGAAGCGUCAACUCGGAAGGCUGUGUACGGAGGUGGUAGUAGUGUAUUUGAAGGAAGUGAUGUCACGUUAACUGAAGCCAAAGGUGUACCGUCUCCAUUCUCGAUUACAGGUCCAAUCGUGCCUGUAGUAGAGUCAUCAUCGUACGAGCUUUCCUUGUCGUCACGUCGAAUGGCUGGAACGUGGGUGUCUGCUACAUUCUUGCAUCUGCCAAUCUUGCCCAACAUUCUUCGUUGGAGGGUAGCACACGAGUAUUUUGUGCAUUAUCUGGAAACUUUGCCAUUAGCUCGAGAUGGUGAAAGUGUAAAACAGGCUCGUUUGACUAUGGCGCUGACUAGAUUGGCUGAAUUGCAUCCACCAUUACGUACGCGACUUCAACACGUCGGUACUAAUAUCCUGUCAGAGACUAUUGCCAGUCUGAUAAUGCCGAUAAAGACUACUGCUAUACUGAAUGAUCCAGCAGCCUCAUUUACUCUGGUCAAAGUGCCCGAGCACCAAAUGUAUGACUGGAACGCUCUGCACCGUCUCGUCCAGCCCACUCUAUCUAAAGGUCGACAAAUGAUGGUCGCUGUAUGGAGUGAAAGCUGCUCGUUUAUUAUACUUGGAAUGGCUCAUAUGGCUUUUGACAUGGAAACACGAGCUAUCUACUUUAAUCAUCUGAAGCGAUUGUACAAGGACUUGGACAGAAAAGAUGUUUACCCAACGCGGCUGAUGGACUGGCCAUUCGUGCUAUCUGCAGCUCUAACACGAUUCCAGCCAUUACCAAACGAUACACCCAUCACCCGUAUAACAUCUAAAGUACCAAUCCUCACAACAAUGGACUACUUUACCAUCAAUGUCAAGAUUCCAAAGGGACAAUUGGCUACAGAGAUGAUGGCUGCUAGUUCAGUCGGAAUCUUGAAACUCAUUCAGGAUUCUACUACUAGUAAGGGCGAGUUCUCUAUGGGGUAUCUUGGAGUUGCUGAUGUUGCUAAGGAUGGAUAUAGUGGAAACGGUACAGUAGAAACAUACUCUGUCCUCAACUUGCCAAAGGACAUCAACCAACAAGAAUGCCUCGCUGUAUUCAAAACUCGCAAGACAUAUGUAGUGCUAGACCACCUCAAGCAUAUUAGACGAUAUGCCGGCAUGGUGUUUCUCAACUUGCGGGUUCGUUCAACACCAGAACCUGAAAUCCAAAUGAGAUCGCUAUGCACAAACAAGAUUUGGCCCAACAAUGGUGGUUCUCUUUGGAUGCAUUUUGAUAUAUGGCCUGAUUCAGAUGUAGUGAUGAUCUCGUUUUGGGUAUCGCAUAAUCUGAAGGGGGGUUUGCACAAGACGUUGGGUAGUCGUGUUCAGCAUUUCUUCCAUCAGUGGGGAAUGAAAUCGGAUAUGACUGUUAAUGGCUCAUUGCCAGUACUUGGCUGA